CAGCCCCGUCGUCCUGCUCCCAGUUGAGUUCGCGACCUACACACCGGCCAUGCCCCGCUUCUCCUCCACCACGCCAAUGUCGCCACCCCGCCUCCGCCUCCGCCUCCGACUCUGCGCCCGCCACUCCUCCUCCACCUCUCAUCCCUCACGCAUCUGGGAUCCCCACGCCGCCUUCGCCGCCGCGGCACAGCGGGCGAGCUCUGGCACGCUCACUACGGAGGACGCACACCACCUGUUUGACGAAUUGCUGCGGCGGGGCAAUCCUGUCCAGGAGCGUCCCUUGAAUAAAUUUCUGGCUGCCCUCGCCCGCGCGCCCGCGUCCGCAUCCUGCUGCGAUGGCCCCGCCCUGGCAGUCACCCUCUUCGGCCGUUUGUCCCGAGACGUCGGACGACGGGUGGCGCAGCCAAAUGUCUUCACCUAUGGCGUCCUCAUGGACUGCUGCUGCCGCGCUUGCCGCACAGAUCUGGUGCUCGCCUUCUUUGGCCGUCUCCUCAAGACGGGCCUGGAGGCAAACCAAGUCGUCUUCAACACCCUCCUCAAGGGCCUUUGCCACACAAAGCGGGCGGAUGAGGCUCUGGACGUGCUGCUUCACAGGAUGCCUGAGCUGGGCUGCACUCCUAAUGUGGUGGCGUAUAACACCGUUAUCCAUGGCUUCUUUAAGGAAGGCCAUGUAAGCAAGGCCUGCAAUCUGUUCCAUGAAAUGGCGCAGCAGGGCGUUAAGCCUAAUGUGGUGACAUAUAACUCAGUUAUUGAUGCGCUGUGCAAGGCCAGAGCCAUGGACAAGGCAGAGGUGGUCCUUCGUCAGAUGAUUGAUGAUGGUGUUGGACCUGAUAAUGUGACGUAUAGUAGCCUCAUCCAUGGAUAUUCCUCUUCAGGCCACUGGAAGGAGGCAGUUAGGGUAUUCAAAGAGAUGACAAGUCGGAGGGUUACAGCAGAUGUGCAUACUUACAACAUGUUUAUGACCUUUCUUUGCAAACAUGGAAGAAGCAAAGAAGCUGCAGGAAUUUUUGAUACCAUGGCUAUCAAGGGCCUGAAACCUGACAACGUUUCAUAUGCUAUUCGCCUUCAUGGGUAUGCCACCGAAGGAUGCCUAGUUGACAUGAUCAAUCUCUUCAAUUCCAUGGCAACACACUGCAUUCUACCUAACUGUCAUAUAUUCAACAUACUGAUUAAUGCAUAUGCUAAAUCUGGGAAGCUUGAUAAGGCUAUGCUUAUCUUCAAUGAAAUGCAGAAACAAGGAGUGAGUCCAAAUGCAGUCACAUAUUCAACCGUAAUACAUGCAUUUUGCAAGAAGGGUAGGUUGGAUGAUGCUGUGAUAAAGUUUAAUCAGAUGAUUGAUACAGGAGUACGACCGGACGCAUCUGUUUAUCGUCCCCUAAUCCAGGGUUUUUGUACACAUGGCGAUUUGGUGAAAGCAAAGGAAUAUGUUACUGAAAUGAUGAAGAAAGGUAUGCCUCCUCCUGAUAUUAUGUUCUUCAGUUCAAUCAUGCAGAACCUAUGCACAGAAGGAAGGGUAACAGAAGCACGGGAUAUCCUUGACUUGAUAGUGCACAUUGGUAUGAGGCCUAAUGUUAUCAUAUUUAAUUUGCUGAUCGGUGGAUACUGCCUAGUCCGCAAGAUGGCAGAUGCAUUGAAAGUAUUUGAUGAUAUGGUGUCAUAUGGUUUAGAACCUUGUAACUUUACGUAUGGUAUACUUAUUAAUGGCUAUUGCAAAAAUAGAAGGAUUGAUGACGGGCUUAUUCUGUUCAAAGAGAUGCUGCACAAGGGACUUAAACCUACAACUUUUAAUUAUAACGUCAUACUGGAUGGAUUAUUUCUGGCUGGACAAACUGUUGCUGCAAAAGAGAAGUUUGAUGAGAUGGUUGAAUCUGGAGUAAGUGUGUGCAUUGAUACAUACUCUAUAAUUCUUGGUGGACUUUGUAGAAAUAGCUGCAGUAGCGAAGCGAUCACCCUUUUCCGGAAAUUAAGCGCAAUGAAUGUGAAAUUUGAUAUUACAAUUGUCAAUAUCAUUAUUGGUGCCUUAUACAGGGUCGAGAGAAACCAAGAGGCUAAGGAUUUGUUUGCUGCUAUGCCAGCCAAUGGCUUGGUUCCUAAUGCUGUUACCUACACCGUAAUGAUGACAAAUCUUAUAAAAGAAGGUUCAGUGGAAGAAGCUGACAAUCUUUUCUUAUCCAUGGAGAAGAGCGGCUGUACUGCCAACUCUUGCCUGUUAAAUCAUAUCAUCAGAAGGUUACUGGAAAAAGGAGAGAUAGUCAAGGCUGGAAAUUAUAUGUCUAAAGUUGAUGCAAAGAGCUACUCACUUGAAGCUAAAACUGUUUCGCUGCUGAUCUCUCUGUUUUCAAGGAAAGGGAAAUAUAGAGAACACAUCAAAUUGCUUCCUACAAAGUAUCAGUUUCUGGAAGAAGCAGCCACAGUUGAAUAGUUGGUACAUGAUAUCUGAAAUUUAAUUUGCAUCGCUUGCCAUGGGUCCGUCUGCUUGUACAAGAAAUGCAUUUUCUAUUUGUAAAUAGGAAGUCAGUUUAGAACAAGCCAUCAGGAUGACGCAAAGAGUACAAUUCAGUUGCACCACCAAUAAAAAGGCAGAACUAGGGCUGCCAAAACAACACUGAAUCAAAACUCAAACAGAAGGAGCAGCAAACUUUUUUUUUUGAAGCUGGACAGUCUGCUAGCCAAACAACUACAGGAGACUGUCAGGCGGGGCAUGUAGUGGCUGGCGUCUAAGCGCCUUUGCUUCUUCCACCAUCCAUGGCUUAGCCUCACACGGAAUCGAGUCAACCAAUUCCCGUCGGUUUUGGGUGGCUCCCUUGAAGAUGCAAUUGUUUUCAGCGGCCAGAUACGCAUGGUCAGAUUAAUCAGCGAGUGUGCCCCUUCUGUCUGGUUCGAGAAAGAAUUUGAAGAGCUGAGCUUGUCCCAGCUGGAACCAGUUUGAGAUCAUGCUGGUGUUAUCUCUAGGAAUCACAAUAUCAAUACUCUCUGUUGUUGCACAAACUGACGCAGAUCAAUGUCCAGAGGGAAAGGGAAAUACAGAGAACAGAUAAGAUUGCUCCCCGCAAAGUAUCAGUUUCGCGGAGAAUGAGCUACAGUUGAAUGGUUUUACAUGAUAUCUGAACUUAACUCCUCAGAAGGUAAGGUUGAAUUAUUGUUUGCCAUGAGUUUAUCUGCUUGUACAACAAGUGCAAUUUCCAUAUGUAAAUAGGAAGGCAGUUGAGAACAAGCCAUCAGGAUGACGCAAAGAGUACAAUUCAACUGUAGGACCAGCAAUUGUUUUGAAGUUGUAUGUCUGCUAGUAGAACACCUACGGGAGAGAUUCAGGCGGCCGGGCAUGUAGUGGCACCUGUGUAAGUCCCUUUUCUGCUGCCAGCAUCCAUGGCUUGGCCUCACAGGGAAUGGAGUCAACCAAUUUCUCGGCGUAGCUGUUGCAAAUGUUUUCUCAGCCACCAGAUACACCAAAGUUUCAGAGUAAUCAGCGAGCGUGUCUCUUUUGUCUGGUUCGAGAAAGAAUUUGAAAACGCUGAGCAGCAACAGGUGCUUGACCAGCUUGUCCCUGCCGAAGCCAGUUUGAGGUUAGUUAAUCAUAACAGGGUACUAGACAGGUGUUUUGUUGACUGUUGAUGGGUAAUACUCCUAUGUUAUAUGCCAGCCACUUGAUGAAUAGGGUGAUCUGUGAAUCACAUAUGCUUAUGUAAUUGUGUUAUUAUUUGUGCAGCUUCUAGACCUUCUGCCUUGUAUGGCUACAUGGAUCACGUUGUAGCAGUCUGUGACUGUGACUGUUAGUGUUUUGUAUAUGCUGGCAUUGAUUAAUUUAGGGCCGGGCUCCAAAUUAUUUGUUUUGAUCGAUUCAGCACCAUGUUGAGUUUAACCCUGUAACUUGGCUUAACCAGAUCAAUAUCAGGG